AUGAGCGGCAUAUCUCGCCUUUUACGCUGGGCCCCGUUCCUUUGGGCUGUUUGCAAACUGACAAACAACCCGAGCAGGGCCGCUCGACCCCAGCUUCUCAACAAUCAAUCUGGCACACAACAUCCAGCUGGUCAUUCCGAUCUCUUCGACAGCUUAAGCUUUCCAGCUCGUACUCUGGUCAGACAGACUCACCCUCCGAGGCCAACCUUAGCAGCACGUCCGCCACGCGCACCCUCUCCAACCGAGUCUGAGAGGUCAGUAAUUGCUUCUCUUCCGGACAAUGACUUUGUCCAGAGGACUGUUAGAGCACUUUUGCGCACUCGUACCCCUGUCCGUUACGCAGGAUGGCAGAUGGAGAACCCACACCGGCUGCCAAUCCGCCUAGCUCAAAGAGCCGUGUCAGCGUCCAGUGCGAUCCUCAACCAAGUACGAGGUGCACACUUCGGCAUGCCUAUUCCAAACGAGCUGCAAAUCGGUAUCCUUAUCGCUGCGCGUCAUCCUGUGAGGAAGUCAGGUAUCUUCAACGAAGUCGACAUGCUCUUGGUCUGCAAACAUUGGAACAGCAUCCACCGACCUUACUAUUGGAAGAAACGUUGGCUCAACCUCAGACCCAUCGUGGCAAGCUGGAAGUCCAUCGGUGAGCGCCUCACCUGUCUCAGCAAGAACGCCGAUGUUAUUCACAACGUCAACCUUUCAGGCGUGGCUACCGAUAUCCUUCCGAUGUCGCUCGAACAAGCUGUACGCGAGUGUCCCGAAAUCGCGAUGAUCGCCAAUUGCACGGUGGAGAAGAUUAAGAUCGGCCGGCUCGACAGCUUGAACGAGAUACUCCUCAAGCAGAUCCUGCUCUAUCGUCAGGAAAAGAUCCGCCACUUCGAAUUUCAACUCGAAGAUAUAAUCCUCUUCCUUGGCCGACGCUCGAUUUUUGCAAAAUCUGAGUUCUUGCUACCUCAGGUACGCAGAGUCACGGUAAACAUCAGCAGCGUCAAAGAUGCCCACGAGCUCGAUGAUUUGUUCGGAAACAGUGCUCGUCUCGUUUCCAACUUCGUUGCUGAGCUCGUCGGUAGAGACAAGAAGCAGGAGGAAGUUCAGGUUGAACUUCGCUUGGUCUGCCAUUCCAAGGUGCAGGGGGGCUCCAGGCCACAGCUCACACAAGGUCACAUCUUCUUGGUGGCUCAGAUCGUCGAUUUCACUCGAGAGUUGCUAAAAUACGUGGCAGGGCUCAAUCUAGUAAUGUCUUUCCAAGCGCCUUUCCGCUUACAGGCUGCCCAAAAUCUCACAGUUCUGCGCAUCUGGGCGAGAGAGAACAACGUCUCGUUGAUCAACGCAUAG